AUGACGAAGAAUCCUGACGAUGAUAGUAUUUGUAGUCGAACUGAACGACUUAUUAAUGAAUUUGAACAAACACAUGAUCCUGACUCAACUGUAAUUGGCCGACAGUUUGCUCAAUUACAACAAAAAAUGAUGGAAACUAAAGAGAAACUUUCAAGUACUGAAGGCGCUAAGCCUCUAAACCGUUUAAAAAAUCGUUAUAAAGAUGUUCUGCCAUAUGAUACACAUCGAGUAAUACUUGAACAGGAUAAUAAUUCAGAUUAUAUAAAUGCAUCAUUUAUUGAAGAUUUUUCUGGUAACCGUCGAUAUAUCGCAGCACAAGGACCAAUUGAUCAAUCGAUAUCAGAUUUUCUUCGAAUGAUUUGGGAAUUUCAAAUAACAUCUGUUAUAUGUACAGCAAAUGAAAUUGAAGCUGGACGAUUAAAAUUUCGUCGUUAUUGGCCUGAUGAUGACAAUUCCGUUCAAUUUGGAUCCUAUCGUGUUAGCAAAGACGAAACAAGUGAUAAAGCAUUCAGUUGCGAACACUAUGAAAUUCGUCCAUUGAUAAUAAGUCAAGGAGAAAAUCGACGACAUAUAUUACUUUAUCAUUUUCUACAUUGGCUGGAUCAUGAUGUACCCAAUGAUGAAGCACCAAUACUUGAUUUACUAUUGAGAUUAUACGAUGAUCGAAAUCUUUCGCCUGACACACCUAUUCUUGUACAUUGCAGUGCUGGUUGUGGUAGAACUGGAAGUAUUAUUGCUAUUGAUUUAUGUCGUUUUUUAAUUCGUGAUGAGCGUUUAUUAUUAAGUAAAAAGUAUCAACCUUAUCCUGUAUAUGAAAUAGCUACGCAUAUUCGUCAAUUUCGAAUAGCACUGAUUCAAACUAUUAAACAAUAUUUAUUUGUGUAUAAAAUGUUUGUAUUUAUGAUGAAAGCAAAUGGAAAUGUUUCAUUAUGUUCAUCGGCAAGUAGCGAUGAAAAUCAGCCAUUGAAUGUGCUAUCUACAACGAAAUCAUAUUCUCCGUCCAGUACAUCAUCUUCUACACGUCGUCCAUCAGGAUCAUGUCAAAUAAAAUUAGGUAAUCCGCCUCUCGGUCGACGUUUAACAAACGGUAUCAGUACUAGUAAUAAUCCUUCUUCAACAGUUUCAUCAUCCGAGAUUUAUGCACCAUCAUCAAAAUCAUCAUCAGUUAAUGAUGAACCUCAAAAAUUCGAAUCUCCACCGCCCAUACCACCACGUGUAUCAUUGUUCAAUACAACAAAUAAACCAAUUGAAGGACAAUUUGUUCGUCCAGGUGAAACACCGAUUAAAGCAAAGCGCACAAUAUUUCGAUCAAGAAAUGUUAAACGACGAGAACCAACAACGACACCAACAACAGCAGCAACAGUAUCAACAUCCAAAUAUACACGAUCAGAUUCAGCGGAUGCUCUUUCUGUUAAAACAUCAGGCAAUCAUUAUAGAAAUUCAGCUCGUCGUCUAGCAGUUCAAGUUGAAAAAGCAGCUAACUCAGAUUAA